AAGACGCAGAUGUUAACAUCAUACCGAAACAGUGACCUAUCACUUGCUCACGCCAAACGGCCGUCUUUAUCGAAAUGGUGCGUUUUGUGGGUCUUCUUUCUCUCUCGGCGCUCCCUGAAAACGACGUUUAAACCACAUAUUCGCUCCUUUAUAAUCCCCCCUCUCACUCAACAGUUGCUGGGGGGUCGAAAACUCACAAGAUUCAAAGUAGCAGUAUUCGGUGAGAAAUUGAUAGCGAAGAAUGGGGCGUGGAGUUAGUGCUGGAGGUGGACAGAGUUCUUUGGGUUACCUGUUUGGAGCUGGAGAGGCACCGGCGGCUGCUCAAAGCCGCCGUGAAAAAGCUUCUUCUUCGCCUGCCGCCGCUCCACAACCUGCGGAUAACAGCAAGCAGGUUGCCGCCGGCAUUCUCAGCAGUAACGCAAACAACUAUGUCCGUGGAGAUGGUCAGAACUGUGGCAACUUUCUAACGGAAAGGCGUUCGACGAAAGUCCAAGCUGCACCUGGCGGCGGCUCUUCCCUGGGUUAUCUGUUUGGAGGUGGAAGCAGCAAUUGAUGCCCCCAUCACUUCCCUGUUGGAGUUGGGUUGUUCUACCUAACCUUCCCCAACGCAAGUUUCUCAAAUCUCGUAUGUAUGAUCUACAAAAGGAGCUCUGCUGUCGCUCGUUUGGAGCCAUAUUUUGUUUGUUUGUUUGUUUGAUAUGUUUGUUCAUUGUUUAGAAGAUUUCAAAUGUUGAUUGUGCAUAUUUGUUGUUAGUUUCCCUUGUGUCUUAUGCAAACCGCAUUCUGUUUACCUGUCUCUCUUCCAGUCUUCCCAUUACCUAUCAGUCAAAAACCAUCAAUUUGACAGUGAAGGAAACUGCAUUGAGCAA